AUGUCGGCCGAAUCAGUCGGCAGCAACUGCUGGACAGGCGAUUACGAUUCUGAGGUACCCUCGCUUCCAAAUCCCUGGCGUGACGGCGGCACGCUCACUGUCAGCGUUCAUCGUCAUCGACAGAGUCUAAUGCCGGCAGCGACAUGCCCUCCAAUCAGUUUAAACCAGCAUUCACAACACGUGUUAGCGUCUAGCGAUACAAUUAUUCCUGUUCUGCAAACAGAUGCCGGAGCGAUUCUCGAGCUUGAGGACGAUGUGCAGGAAGAUAUUAGGAAGCAUAUAACGACACGGGACAGUGUUCAUCAUUGCCGUCACUGCGAGUACCGUACAACGUUCCUAGGUGAUAUGAAGGCUCAUUACUAUCAUCGGCACGCGGCCGUGAAGCCGUUCAAGUGCUUAUUUUGCGGGAUGCGGUUCGCCCGCAAGAACAGUCGACGUCUCCAUAUGAUGACGGUGCAUACAAAUCAGCGUCGAUACCAGUGUCCUCAUUGUGACAAGACAUACGGUUAUCGCUGCCACAUGAGGCGGCAUAUCAGGGUCGUGCAUGAGGGUGGCUGUUAUUAA